CAACUUUGGGUCUUGUCAGGUGGGCUAACAAGAUGAGCAAGCACUAGAGAAGAAAAACAAGAGAAAUGGUGCUACAUGUUCAAAUUUUUGAGCUUAUGGGUUAAACAAGAGAAAGGAGAAGAUGACAGAGAAGCUGCUGUUGUAUAAGAGUGGGAGAACUCAAAGAAAUCCCAAGGGAUUCUACCAAGAAUGGUGUUGGGCUUUGUGAGGUUAGCUAGUGAAGAGAUCAACAAUUUUUAGGAGACUAAGAGUUUUCUAAGGUUGCUGGUAGUGAACAAGCUCUUCAGGCUUGUUGAGUUAAGAACUGUUGAUACCCACACACCCCACCUUGCAAUGCAAACCCACGCAUACCAUUUUCCUUCCUCAGUACCUCCGCCACAGUCUCUUCCACCCUCUCUCCGUGGAUGUUUAAAGCCUCAAGUGGUUAUUGUCAUGCUCUCCAAGCUUAUAUUGGAAGAUCAGGUAUGUAAGCCGCCUACAGUACCUCUGGGAGGACAUAAAGAAGGAGAGGUUAAGAUCCCUGAAUUUGUGCAGAAUCACGAUGAUAUUCUUGAGCACAGACCACUGACAGAUUAUGGCAUUGAACUAUACCCUCUCCACCUAACAGACGUGCCCUCCGUAGCUUACUCAUUUGGGAGGAAUGAAGAGAGAUGGACCUCAAGGGAAUUCCUUUCAUAGUCACCCCUGAACCCUUCCGAACCCAAAAUAAGGUUGCUUUGUAUCUUGGCUAGGUUAGGUUUUUAUGUAAAAAUCGAAGCAUUGUAAAGAAAAGUUACAUGAUUUUGUUGUGUGCUCCCUCUCAUCUGAUUUGGAUGUAAUAGUUUAACCUUACACAAUUGCAUCGAAAACUCAUUUAGAAUGCAUUCGGUUCAUGGAAAAUAACUUCUUGUUGGCUAAUGAUGGAAAAAUUAAUCUUCAAAUUUUCC